AUAAAAGCUAGAGCCUAGACGGCCAGAACCUUCCAAAUUAUUUUAAUGUGUGUGUGUGUAUAAACCCAUUUGUAAAGAAAGGUGAAAGCUCAUACUGAGAGAGGAAAUUCCAUCAAUAUUUUUGUAAUGGCAAUCAGAGAGUUCCAUGAACCAGAGCCCAACCACAAUAAUGGGCAUGUGGCAGCCAUCUUUGGGGUAACCGGGGUUGUGGGGAGGGAGCUGGCAAGAAGGCUCACAUCAAAAUCUGAAUGGAAAAAGGUUUAUGGAAUUGCCCGGAAUCCUCCUCAUCUUGAUCAUAUCAAUCCCAUAAACCAAUCCAACUUCCACUUCAUCCAAUGUGAUCUGGAGAACCCUUUUGAAACCCACCAAAGGCUUUCCUUGCUAAGGGACGUGACUCACAUUUUUUGGGUCACUUGGGCUAGCCAAUAUCGAUACGACAGCCGAGAAAGCUGCGAGCAGAACAAAGCCAUGAUGGUUAAUGCCCUCAACACUCUUCUUCCCAAGGCCAACUUCUUGAAGCACUUUUCUCUGCAAACAGGCUUGAAGCACUAUAUAUCUUUUCAAGGACCUUUUCAUGAGGAGUCCGGAGUUAGAAUUUACAGUGAGGAAAGCCCCAGAAUGAGGUCUGACAACGGCAAUUUUUACUAUGAGCUUGAGGAUUUACUCAAGGAGAGGCUAAGAAACAAAGUGGCUUGGACCAUACAAAGGCCUGGCUUGAUUACAGGUAGUUCUACAAGGAGUUUUUACAAUGUUAUGGGUUGUUUAGGGGUUUAUGGUACAAUUUGUAGGCAUUUAAAUCUACCCUUUGUGUUUGGUGGGACAAAGAAGUGUUGGGAAGAGUUCGUCCUUGAUGGCUCGGAUGCUAGGCUCGUAAGUGAGCAACAUAUUUGGGCUGCAACCAAUGAAGAUGUGUAUGAUUCCACUAAUGGGCAAGCUUUUAAUUGUUUAAAUGGUCCUAGUUUUACAUGGAAGGAGAUUUGGCCAAGUGUAGGGAAAAAUUUUGGAGCUCAAAUACAGCCAAAGGACAUGUUAUUCUCUGAUGAGUUUUAUUAUACCAAAGCCAUGGCUGAUAAAGGGAAAGUUUGGGAAGAGAUUGUUGAGAAGGAAGGACUGGUUCGAACGAAGAUGGAGGAUUUGGCCAAUUGGGAAUUCUUGGAUACUUUGUUUCGUUGCCCAUUUAAAAUGUUGGGAACAAGAGAUAAGGUUGAUCGUUUUGGUUUUAGUCAGAGAUACAAGGCUUUGGAUUCAAUCUUGUAUUGGUUGGAGUCCAUGAGAGAUGAUAAGAUAAUCCCUUGAGAAUGAAGGUAGAAAUUUUUUGACUUUUUGUUGAAUAAUAAUGUAAUUGAUGUGGGAGAAUGUGGAGCUACAUCCACCCACACGAACUAGUUCUCUGGAAAAAUUAGUAAGAGACUAUAUUAUAGAGCUAGAGUUUGUCAUUUACAUGUUUGUUAAACACUGCCUUAGUAAUAGUAGUACUAGUAAUAGUCGUUGUUCCUUCUUGUCUCAAGAUCGAUCUUAGUUACAGAUGUUAACAGCUAAUAAAAUAUUAUGCAUAUUCCUAUUCCUUGA